AUGAGCAAUGAUGAUGCUUUAUGUUCUUUAUGUAAUAAAAUGUUAAAAAACUUACAUGGAUUACAUAUACAUCAAAAGGCUAUUUAUCAAACAAAUACAAAUUCUGAUUGUUUUUCGUGUCCAUAUUACUCUCGAACUUACAAAACCAAAGGUGGCUUAUGUCGUCAUGAAACUCUUAAACAUUAUGAUUAUAAUAUAUCUAGUGAUUUUUUUAAACUUUCACAAAAUCAUAUUAAUGAAACAAAAGAAACUUUAGUCUAUUUAAUUAGAUCUCGACUUAUGCUACAUUCAAAUCAUUCAGGUCUUCAAACUGCUUCUUCACCAAUGACUGAAUCAGAAUUUGUGUGUAUAUUUCAAGACCAUAUUCAACGCUAUUCUAUUUGCCAGCAAAAAUAUAUAUGCCAAGUCAUACUUGUAUCAAAUUCUACAAGAUCUAUGAACAAUAUUAAAUCUUUAAGAAGUUCUCUUCAAGUAAACUCUGAAAAUCUAGAAAUUAUUAUUAUAUGGGAAAAAAAAAUUAAUGAUGAAGAAGGAAAUAUAUCGAUAACAGGAUGGAUUACGCUAAAAUUUUUA